AUGGAAAAUCCAAAUGGGAACAACGAGGAAGUACCACCUCCACCUCCACCUCCCCUUAAUCAAGACCAAAUCAUCCUCCAACUACAACAACAAAUGGAGGAGAUGAGAAGGGAAAGAGAGGAGGAAAGGAGAAGAGAUGCACCGGUUAGAAAUGCAUUUGGGAACGUUAAUAUCCCAAUGCCACCCAUUGAUCCAAGAGUGAAUGCCAACAAUUUUGAGUUGAAGACGGCAUUGAUCCAAUUUGUGGAGCAACGUGUUUUCUCGGGAAGGCCCACGGAGGAUCCUAAUAUGCACUUAGCCAAAUUCUUGGAGAUUGCCAACACAACCAAGCUUAAUGGGGUUCCCGAAGAUACAAUCAAGCUUAGGCUAUUCCCAUUCUCAUUGACGGGAUAUGCUAGAGAUUGGUUUGAUAACCUUGAGCCGGGCUCGGUUAUAAGUUGGGACGACUUAGCCAAAAAGUUCUUGGAGAGGUUCUUCCCUCUUAGCUCUACUCUCAACCUACAAGCGGAGAUCUCCCACUUUAAAAUGAAGAGCCAAGAGUCUAUGUUCGAAGCAUGGGAGAGAUUCAAUGCUUUGUUGAAGAAGUGUCCUAACCAUGGGUUGUCUCCGGGCCAUCAAGUGAGCCUUUUCUAUAAUGGAUGCUCGGAAUUUAUCAAAAGUCAACUAGACUUUGGUUCGGGGGGAUCAUUCUUGGACAAAGGGGUCGAUGAGUGCAAGAAGAUGCUUCAAAGGCUUGCAUACACUAGCAAGAGUUGGAGCUCGGGUCGAGAUGGCUCUAUGCCGGUAGCUUCGGUUGUUGAUUCGGAUGCAUUCAAUCUCCUCAACCAACAAAUGAUGAUUCUCAAUCAAAAGGUGGAUAGCAUAAGUUUGGGGAUGGCACCCAAUGUAGAGCCUCAACCUACCGUAGAGGAUGUUAAUUAUGUGCAUCAAGGAGGAAAUCAAAGGAACUUCUACAAUUAUCGCCCCAACAAUGGGGGUGGUAAUUAUCGUCCAUCCUUCAAUACACAUCCAAAUCUUUCGUAUGGGAAUCCGAAUAAUGCUAUUCAACCAAGUGGGGUUAACAAUUCACCUAGCACUUCAAAGUCUUCAAGUGAUGUUACCAAUGAGCUUCUAAAAGCUUUGAUGGAGAAGACCGAUGGGAUUAUGGAACACUCUACCAAGAGAAUUGAUAAAGUUGAGACGGCGGUGGUAGAAGUUGCUACAAGAAUGGGGGCCUUGGAGCACCAAAUGAGUCAAAUUGCUCAAACCGUGGGUCAACUUCAUCAACCGGGGCAAUUUCCAAGCAACACUAUUCCUAACCCAAAAGAGUGCAAGGCAAUUAAUUUGAGGAGUGGAACAAGCUAUGAGGGUCCCUCUAUGCCCGAAAAGGAAGCUAUUGUUCAACCCGAAGAAGAAGAGGAAAUAGAGAUGGAAACACCACCGGAGAGCUCGCCUAAGGUUCAACCCGAGAUAAUUGUUCCUCCCAAACCCAUGGAAGUUAAGCUUCCCUUUCCUCAAAUGAUACAAAAGAAGAAGAAGGAUGAACAAUUUUCAAGAUUUUUGGAUAUCUUUAGUAUGCAAAGAAGAAGUUCUUCCAUGAUGUGA